UUCACACGCUCGUAUCUCACGACGUCCUGCUGCGCGUGCGCAAUUUGAACGGUCCUGUCACCCGUCCGUGCGUCACGUGACACCCAGGGAGCCGCUUCCGCCUGUGUCGCCUCUGCGAGUGGAGUCGCGACUGAUUUUUCGUCCUCACGAUGCUGUCGUCUUUCCCCGAAUUGUAUUUCAACGUCGACAGCGGCUACCUGGAGGGCCUGGUGCGCGGCUUCAAGGCGGGCGUGCUGAGUCAGGCGGACUACGUCAAUCUGGUGCAGUGUGAGAGCCUGGAAGAUUUGAAACUCCAUCUGCAGAGUACCGACUAUGGGAACUUCCUGGCAAAUGAAGCCUCCCCUCUCACCGUGUCCGUCAUUGACGACAAGCUGAAGGAGAAGAUGGUGGUGGAGUUCCGCCAUAUGAGGAACCAUGCCUAUGAGCCCCUGGCCAGCUUUCUGGACUUCAUCACGUACAGCUACAUGAUUGACAACGUGAUCCUGCUCAUCACUGGGACGCUGCACCAACGCUCCAUCGCCGAGCUGGUGCCCAAGUGCCACCCCCUGGGAAGCUUUGAACAGAUGGAGGCGGUCAAUAUUGCUCAGACUCCAGCCGAGCUGUACAAUGCUAUCCUGGUGGACACACCUCUGGCUGCCUUUUUCCAGGAUUGCAUCUCGGAGCAAGACCUUGAUGAAAUGAACAUUGAAAUUAUCCGUAAUACACUGUACAAGGCCUACCUCGAGUCCUUCUACAAGUUCUGCAAGAUCCUGGGAGGCACGACGGCUGAUGCCAUGUGCCCCAUCUUGGAGUUUGAAGCGGACAGGAGGGCCUUCAUCAUCACCAUCAACUCCUUUGGCACGGAACUCUCCAAGGAGGAUCGGGCCAAGCUGUUCCCCCACUGCGGGAAGCUCUACCCGGAGGGUCUGGCUCAGCUGGCCAGAGCAGACGACUACGAGCAAGUGAAAGCGGUGGCCGAUUACUAUCCAGAAUACAAACUUCUGUUUGAAGGAGCAGGCAGCAACCCCGGGGACAAAACCCUUGAAGAUCGAUUCUUUGAGCAUGAGGUGAAGCUGAACAAGCUGGCUUUCCUGAACCAGUUCCACUUUGGCGUCUUCUACGCGUUUGUGAAAUUGAAGGAGCAAGAGUGCCGCAACAUCGUGUGGAUCGCCGAGUGCAUCGCCCAGCGCCACCGGGCAAAGAUCGACAACUACAUCCCCAUCUUCUAAGCGCUUCCCGGCUCCUCCUACCGCGGAUCACCCCUCUGAUUCCUCAAGUCCCCAACCAAACCCGUCUUCCCCCACCUUGUGGAUCUGGAAGUGGCUUCGAGGGACUCUUAUCACAAUACGUUGGGCCCAGCGGGCUCUCUCCCAGGAGGGUCCCCUCCCUCCUCCUCGUCGUACCGUGUCACUGUAUGUGCUUGUGUAGAUCAGACUAAAUCAUUCUAUAUCUGAAGUGGACCGUUUUGCCCAGAGGAGGGCAACUGGUGGGGCAUUGCAGUACGGGAGGGUGUCUUCGGAAGUCACCUUGUCUGUGAUUUAUAAGCAUAGCCCAAGGAGUUGAUAGAGUGGCAGCUCAACCUGCCCAGAAUAACUGCAUUGCAACAUUUAAACCAGCUCUCUGUCCUUGGCUCCCUCCUCUUAGCCCAGGAAAUCUGGGAGCACUGACUCAGUGCGGGUGUCCCGCAGCAAACCCUCAUGCGACUACCGUGAGCAAGGGUCUGUCUACAGGCAGUCAUUAAAGUUAAACUGGUUUAAAGUACCGGGGGAAUGAGUUUGUGGUGUAGGCAUCACUUUGGCAUUCAUUACUGAACCACCUCAGGCUAAGCAUGCUCACAUUGGCAACAGUCAUUUGGGGGUUUUGUGCUGGCCGCUUCCUUCAUAUUGGCUUUAGACCAUUCCACCUGCUAACCGAGGGAAGGGCUGGCAGGGCUCAGAGGCCUCUGUAAAUGACAAAAGGCACACUAGGGGCCCAGGGGCUCCUCUGCCCAGCCUUCCACCUUUUGGUUGGCCUGACUCAUUUUCCAGGAGCCUUGGGGAGACAGGGGCAAUUUUCUUUUCUCCAGAUGCAGAUUUUCUUUGGGGCAUUGCACCUUUUCUCGUCUUGGAGGAAAGGCAGGGCACCCUUUCCAGAGAACCCCUGACUCCUUCCAGACGAAGGAGCCUCACCACGGCAGCUGCCCGUAAGUUCUCCCCACUAGCUCCUCUCUCCAGGAUUAGACCGGAUGAUUCUACCAGAGGUGGAAUCUUCAUAGCACUGCACACUCUAAAAGCAAGGCCUCCAUCUAGUCUUAACGUUUAGCAGGACUCUGCGCUGGCCUGGCCCAGGAGCGCCCCAAGACUGGGAUGAGACCUGCUGCAUUGGUGGGCAUUUCUGUGGUUCUUCUGGAACAGGCCUGCUGGACUGUGUGCAGCCACAUCUUUGGGUUAGGUGAAAGCAUCCCCCCCCCAAUUCCCCCCAGCCAGCAUAUUUUUCCUCCCCUUGGGGCCCAGUUGCUUAGUCCCCCAUCCCUUUUCUGGCCCUGGGUAUCAGUAAAGCACCAACUGGCCUUACCCCUUAAGAGGCCCAGUUUCCCCUGGCAGCCGCCUUCUCAGUCAUCCCCCACCCCCUCCCUUGCUGCAUCUCCCCAGCCUUCCCUGGCUCUGGUCUUGGCUGCCUCUUUUUCCUUCUUUUUGCCCGGGGAGCCUACUGACACUCUCGUUUCCUUGCGUGCCCAUUGGGGGCUUCUGGGGACAAUCCUUGCUCUGGCUGCCGCGUGCCCAAAAGGAUGUGGUUCGCACCUCUGCCCACGUGGGCUUUUGCGCAGUGGUUGUGCUCCCGAGUGUUGUGCUUCAUGUUCUUCAUCUUCCAACUGUGACAAUAAAUUAUUUACCAAAA